GGAGACCUUUGCAGUCGUGGUUGGCGCAAAGGCUUCAAGUGCGCAUCCCCAAGCGCGAAGAUAUGAAGCGAGACGCAGCCUCCCUGGCAGAGUUGAAUACUUUCACACCCGCACCUGGAUGCCGCCCUCGAAUUGAGCCCGAGUACCUGUGCGCACUUUCUACUCGGGUCAUGCAAGACCCAGUCAUGGUCGCCGACCCCGCGCACCCGCCUGUUUGCUUCGACCGGGAAAUGCUGCUAUUAUUUAUCGAGCAGCAUGGAGUGUCGCCAUGCACAGGUGUGUGUUUAUAGAUCCCAACACCCCAGCGGGCCGGCGUUCCACAAGCAGCAGGCAACUACCGUAUUGCAGUUCCCGUCGCCCCGUCUCCGGAAGCGUGCGCCCUGGUGCUUGGUCAUCGACAGAGGCGCGGGAGCGGCGGCACUGAGGCCAGGCGCUGCGGCCCAACAUGCUGCUGCCCAACACGGCGUUGAAAAACCUGAUCAAGGCACAUGUGUGGGACCACAUGACUUCCUCACCCGUCCCCAGCAAGCGCCCCAGACUGGGGGCACCCGCAGCGCCUGCCGCCGCCGCCACCGCUGCCGUCAUCACCACCGCGACAGCCGCCGCCUCCCUGCCCACCACCCCGGCAGCCAUGGCAUCACCACAGGCGCCUGCGCCUGCGGCGGCGCCUGCGCCCGCGCCCGCGCACCAGCCCUCUUCCAGAUGGUCAGACAUGGGCCCGCCACCGGUCGUGGCGGCGACGGCUGCCACCUCCCCGGCGGCUGCUGCCACAGGUCCCACUGGCAAGCCGCCGGCUCCGGCACCGCCGCCGGCGGCGGCGCCGUCUCAGAAGUGGGGCCCACCGCCGACAUCGGCGCCGCUGCCGUGGGCCUUGCAGCCGCAGCCGCAGCGGCAGCCGCAGCGGCAGCAGAACAGCGCAGUCGCCGGCAGCCCUGGCGGCGGCGCCGCCACCCCAGCAUCCGCAGGCACAGCAGCGGCAGGUGGCGGCGGGCUGUAUGUGCCGUGCCUGCACACCCUGCCUGCGCCAGUGCGGCCCUACGCGCCGCCGUGCCACCACUUCGUGAACGCGGGCUUCUGCGACCGCGGCGACGGCUGCCCCUUCAACCACCCGCCUCAGGCCGCGGUGCUCCUGACGGAGCAGGGGCUGCCGUGGCGGCCCAACGCGCCCGCCUGCGAGCACUUCCUGCGAACCGGGCGCUGCAGCUUCGGCGUCCGGUGCCGACUCCACCACGAGCCCGGGGCGGCGGGGGCCGUCAAUGGCGGUGGCGGCAACGGUGGCGGCACGCCAGGCGCGGCUGCGGCUGGCGCUCUCGCGGGGACGCCCCGCCAGCGCUGGGGGGAUAGGAGCAACGGGGCUGCUGCCGACACUUCGCCCGUGAUAGCAGGCGCGCAGCAACAACAGCGCCAGGCGCCGCCUUCCACGCAGCUGCCCUCCACACAGGCGCAGGCGCAGGCGCCCCAGCCGCCAUCGCACCAGCAGCCGCAUCCCAAGCCGCCGGGGGUGGGUGUGACCUACACCUAUGACGCUGACGCGGAGGAGGAGGGCGAACUGCAUCGCUACCGGUUCCCACAGCGACUGGACGCUAACCCCUGCCGCCAAUACUGCAACACAGGCUUCUGCAGGGAGGGCGCCGACUGCCGCUACGACCACCCCGAGGAGCUGGGCGUGUGGCUGAACGAGGACGGCUACCCGCACCGCCCCCUCGCCCAGCAGGAGUGCCUCAGCUACGCCCGCAGUGGCUGGUGCUCGCUCGGCCCCCGCUGCCUGCGCCACCACCCGCUGCGCCCGCGGCCCGCGGCGCGGGAGCGGGGUUGAGGCGGUGCGGAGCCAGCAGGAGCAGAGCACGGUGAUGCAACGCGCGAGGCGGAGGCAGAGGCGGGGAGAUGUGGAGCAACGCGGGAGCAAUGGGAGCAGAGCGGGAGCAACGGGAGCAGAGUGGGGCGCCGUGGGCUGUGCGGGAUGGAUGUUUGAUGGGCGGCCGGGGGGGGGUCAUGGGUGCAAGUGGGAACGCGGUGAGAUGAUGGCUAUGUGGAGGGGCUGGCGGAGCGGCUCCGGAGAGUUCUGGGUGCGUGCUGGCCGGGUGCUGCUGGGGUGAGGACAGACGAGGACAAGGUGGCGAGGACUUCAUGUCUCUCUUGGGAAUCUUGUGCUGCACUGCACAUAUGAUACUGGUGUUAGGGAGCAGGGUGCACGUUUGAAAGAGCUAAUACCUAACAGUGUGCAGCCGGUCAGGCAGCUCGCGCCCUGCUUGACGUGCCGUCCCGUAGAGCUGAUGGCAGAAGCACGUUGGAACGCAGUCGGUGGUGAGCUGGACAUUACAAUAUAUUUCAUGCGCUUGACCAUGACGUGCAUUUGAGGCCGUGGGGGCC